AUGCUACAAGAGCUUGUGACCUCUAGUAUAUAUGGUUAUGCAGAUAGUGAAAAUUGGGGCUCUGAAUCUUCACAGUCAAGUCAACGAUUAAAAGUUGCUACCCAGUUACUUAAAAAGGCAGGAGAAGAAUAUGAACAUUAUGAUGCAUUGUAUGUCUUGGCCAACAUGCAUUUUUUUGCUCAAUACACCCAAAAGCGGGAUAUUAAAACGGCGUAUCGCUAUUAUCAAGCCUUGGCAGAUACUGGAAAUGCGACCGCACAACAAAUGGUGGGAUUCAUGUAUUCAACUGGUAUUGGCGGGGCUGUUAAGCGGGACCAGGCCAAAGCCCUUCUCCAUCAUACAUUUGCAGCUCAUGGAGGAGAUACAGCUGCUGAAAUGACUUUAGGAUACCGUUCUUUACUCGGGAUCGGGGCUGACCAAAAAUGUGAUGAUGCUGUCUACUAUUAUAAGCGAGUAGCGGAAAAAGCUGUAAAGUAUUAUCUAUCAGGACCUCCUGGAGGGCGAUCACCAUUAUUACCAAAAGUACGAUUGUCUGAUGAAGAUGGUGGUGUAUAUGGCUAUGGAGCAAGUGUUAUGACAGACAGACGCUAUCGAGUUAAUGGUGGUAGCUCAGAAAAGUCAGUAAGCAUCGAGGAAGUAUUGCAGUAUUGGCGCUAUCUUGCUCAAACAAAAGCUGAUUUUGAGGCUCAGCUUACACUUGGUCAAGUAUACUAUCAAGGCACCCGUAGUAUUACUCAGAAUUUUAAAGAUGCAUUUGGAUUCUUUCGUCAAGUAACAGACAAAAUCCCAGCUGGUAAACUUAACGAGGCAUUCAUAACUAGUAGCCGCGGAAAGGCAAUUGGGCAAGCAGCUGGCUUUCUUGGUAGAAUGUAUUGGAGAGGAGAGGGUGUGGAGCCUAAUGUGAAGACGGCAUAUCAGUGGUUUGAACUGGGCGCCCAGUUUGGCGAUGCAAAUUCACAAAAUGGUCUUGGAAUGAUGUAUAUGGAAGGCAUUGUUGUAUCUCGGAACCGAGAAAAGGCAAUUGAGUACUUUAAGAAAGCAGCCAACCAGGAGAAUCCAGAUGCUCAGGUGAACUUGGCCGUGGAAUAUAUGAGACAUGAAUCAACUCUGCCUAUGGCCAUACGAUUGUUUACUAUGGCUGCCGAUGCCAAGCAUAUACUAGCUUACUGGAACCUGGCCCAAUUAAACUAUGCGGGUGUUGGGUUAAAGGCUUCAUGUCAAAUGGCCGUGUCUUUUUACAAGUCUAUUGCCGAACGCGGCGAUUGGCUCAAUCCAACCGUAGAAACAGCUUACAAAUUAUAUACCAAAGGAGACAGAGAAGGAGCAUUAAUCUAUUAUAUGCUGGCCGCAGAAAAAGGCUAUGAAGUGGCACAAUCAAAUGUAGCUUAUCUUCUCGAUACUGAUAAGCAACUAUUGAAACUAUCAAUGCUUGGUAUUAUGGAAGCCCCACCACGCAACAAAGAAGAAGAAGAACUUGCGCUAAUUUAUUGGUCCCGUUCAGCUAACCAGAACAAUGUUGAUUCGCGUGUCAAGAUGGGAGACUAUUAUUAUCGUGGUAUCGGUACACACGUUGAUUACGAAAAGGCUGCUGCUUGUUAUCGUGUAGCAGCCGAAAUUGAAUUCUCUCCUUUGGCAAUGUGGAAUCUCGGCUGGAUGUAUGAAAACGGAAUUGGAGUUUCCAAGGACUUUCAUCUUGCCAAGCGAUCAUACGACAAUGCAUUGAAUGCUAAUCCAGAUGCAUACCUUCCUGUCAAACUAUCACUGGUAAAGCUCUAUGUUCGCUAUUACUGGGAAUGGUUGAGAGGAGGAGAAGUAGGACAGGGACUACAAGAUUCUACUCCCAAAGAUAACCUCAACCUUGGAAAACCUGAUACUGUGGAAAUAUUGAAUCAAGAGGCACGGCGUAGAAAAGAAAUCGAGGCCCAUGACAACGAGAGAGGACAUUGGGACAUUGGAGCAGAAGAAGAAUUGAGACGAAAAUAUAGCAAACAUAUGAAACAAAUGGAACGCGAAGAAGGUGAAGACUAUAUGGAUUCGUCUUCAGGCUUUGGAGACGAUUAUCGUGAUGAAGAAUACUCAGAUGAAGAUGAGUUAAUGGAAAGCCUGAUGAUCCUUGGACUAUGUCUUCUUGUUGGUUGGCUAGUGUAUGUCCGUCAAUUCCGGUUUGGUAACCAAAGAGGAAAUGAACCGGCGAGAGGAUUAGAUAACCCCCUAGCACAGCAAGCGGAAGCCAGAGAGGAUGAACACCCAUAAAAGCAAGCAAGCAUGCCGGUCAUAGCUAGGCAGAAUUACAACAAGUACAUGUCUUUCUAAACUGUCUAUAAAAGAAAAGAAAAGGUCAAUACUUGUCAAAGCUGAUCC